AUGCAAGGUGACUUCUUCAAACGUCCUGCAUUACCCUUAUCGCUUCUGCCGACGAUGGGGCCCAAACGACCUCGUCGAGAUGUUCUGCCAAGCAGUGAACCACAACAAAGGUUGCACUCAAGAACAUCCAAUUUAAAAGCGCCAAUAAUGCUGUUAAGUGGACAUGAAGGUGAAAUAUACACUGCAAAGUUCAGUCCAGAUGGUACCUGUCUUGCAUCCGCUGGAUUCGAUAUGAAAAUUUUCCUUUGGAAUGUGUAUGGAGAUUGCGAAAACUUUUCGGUGCUGAAAGGCCAUAUUGGUGCGAUUAUGGAUAUUCAUUUCAGUUCCGAUUCAGGGUGA